AAUGAGAGCUGCAGCAGCUCCACCAUUUCUGAAAAGUAGGCCCUUUCACCAUGAAAGUGGCCCUCUACGACCCAAGUUUUAAAACGCUGGCCUCCCUCCGUAAAAACAGGUACAAGGCUGGGCGCAGUGGGUAAUCAGUCAGGGCGCUAUGCUGGAGGAAGAGAGAGGAUGGGACACUUCCCCCCGCUGCCGCCCCGCUCAAGCAUCCGUCCCGGUAGCCCACGUCCUGGGCUUGGCCAGCCCUCCCGCGUUGCCUCAUCUCGUCGACCCCUCGCUGCCAAACCGGCAGGCAGCCGCAGCUCCUUGGCCGCCUCCCGUGGGGCGGGCGGGGAGGAAGGGCUGAGCGCCGCAGCCCCAGAGCCGGCGGCUUUGCCAGUCGCCUGGCGCUGCAGCAGCAGCAGCAGCCGCAGCACCUUUGACGUUCCAUUGCCUCACGUGACGAGGCAGCUCCGUUCCAGGGAGGGGGAGCCGCGGCCGCUCGUGCAAGGCUGCGGGGGAGUCGCAGCCUCCGCGGCGGCAGCAGCAGCAGCAGCAGCCCGGCGGCGCAUUGUUUGUGUGAUGACCGACCCUCGCAUCCCGCCCUCCGCUGCCGGCUGACACGGACCGCGCGGCGCGCGCCGGGAGGAGAGGAGCCGCUGCCGCCGUGCAGCCAGUGAGCUCGGCCCGGGGAGUGGCACAUUGCUCAGCGCAGCCUUUGCAAGAGGACCAUCGCAUUGGGACAUGGCGCAAGGAAAUAAUUAUGGGCAGAGCAGCAACGGGGUGGCUGAUGAAUCCCCAAACAUGCUGGUGUACAGAAAGAUGGAAGAUGUCAUAGCACGGAUGCAGGAUGAGAAAAAUGGGAUUUCUAUUCGUACAGUCAAAAGUUUUCUUUCCAAGAUUCCUAGUGUCUUUUCUGGUUCAGACAUUGUUCAGUGGUUAACGAAGAAUUUAGCUAUAGAAGAUCCAGUGGAAGCUCUACAUUUGGGGACGUUAAUGGCAGCCCAUGGCUAUUUCUUUCCAAUCUCAGACCAUGUUCUAACACUAAAGGAUGAUGGCACCUUUUACCGGUUCCAAACACCCUAUUUUUGGCCAUCAAAUUGUUGGGAGCCGGAAAAUACAGACUAUGCGGUUUACCUCUGCAAGCGAACAAUGCAAAACAAAGCACGGCUUGAGCUAGCAGACUAUGAAGCAGAGAGUUUGGCCAGGCUACAGCGAGCAUUUGCCCGGAAGUGGGAGUUUAUUUUUAUGCAAGCUGAAGCACAAGCAAAAGUGGACAAGAAAAGAGACAAGAUAGAAAGGAAAAUCCUUGAUAGCCAGGAGCGAGCAUUUUGGGAUGUACACAGACCGGUGCCUGGAUGUGUAAACACUACUGAAGUGGAUAUUAAAAAGUCUUCAAGAAUGAAAAAUCCUCACAAAACAAGAAAGUCUGUCUAUGGAUUACAAAAUGACAUUCGAAGUCAUAGUCCUACCCACACAGCAGUACCAGAAAUUAAGCCACCUACAGAAGACGAAUUACACCAAGAGAUAAAAUAUUGGCAAAUACAAUUAGAUAGACAUCGGUUAAAAAUGUCAAAAGUUGCAGAGAGUCUGUUAGCUUACACAGAGCAAUAUGUGGAAUAUGAUCCAUUUCUUGUGCCACCUGACCCCUCUAACCCUUGGCUAUCAGAUGACACUACAUUCUGGGAACUAGAGGUCUGCAAAGAGCCAGGGCAACAGAGGGUAAAGCGAUGGGGUUUUGGCAUGGAUGAAGCAUUGAAGGACACAGUGGGGAGAGAGCAGUUUCUCAAGUUCCUGGAGUCAGAAUUCAGCUCAGAAAACUUAAGGUUCUGGUUAGCAGUUGAAGAUUUGAAGAAGAGACCUAAUCGUGAAGUACCUGCUCGAGUCCAGGAAAUCUGGCAGGAGUUUCUUGCUCCAGGAGCUCCCAGUGCCAUCAAUCUUGAUUCGAAAAGUUAUGACAAAACCACACAGAAUGUGAAAGACCCAGGAAGAUACACGUUUGAAGAUGCUCAGGAGCACAUUUACAAACUGAUGAAAAGUGAUUCCUAUCCUCGUUUUAUACGAUCCAGUGCCUACCAGGAGCUGCUACAGGCCAAGAAAAAGGCAUUACAGACUCCGAGGGACUAUCUAACCUUUCGAUGCCUCCAUUUUGAAAAAUGUCUGCUCACUUCCUCCUUCAUAUCAAGCUGGAUCUGUGUCAUUUUAUUUUCUGCAAGCUCAAGUACAGUGAAAAAAAAAGCUUCUGCUAGACACAGUUUAUUAAAAAAUACAGUCAGUUCACGAACUGGAAGAAAUGUAAAAAAAUAUGCAUAUACUAAUAAAUAUACAUAUGGCAUCACAUUUAUUGCACAAUAAAUUAGCACAGCAGGUUCCAUUUCACUGACAUAUUCACACUGAGAAAGAAAGCCUGUGUCUUUGUCUGUUGUCUGUAUAUUCUCUGUUAAUGUUUCUUGCAUUUAUUUUUAUACCAUAUUUAAAAAAGAACACCUUUGAAUCCAAAUGUAUUAAAGUUGAUCCUUUCUCUGUAAAUUUGUGUAUGUUUAUAUUGUUGUUUUAUCUUUCAUUAAAAGAAGCAGAAUCUC